GGACACACCAGACAGGAAAUGACAUGGCUUUCGUUCCACAGAAAACACGUGGGCUGCUCUUUGCUACAAAAAUGUGUCGAAAGACGAGAGAGGGAGACAGAGGGGAAGAAGAGGUGAGAGACCUUAACAGGCACAGCGUUCCCAGCCAGUGCACCAGAGGGUUAGUUGUGGGAGAACUGUGAGCCUCCAUUCCCAGCAGAGGAAGUGAAGAGGUGACUGAAGGAAAUGGAAGCCAAGUCUCACCCCAGAUUAGACGGCCGCUGGCUUUGCUUGGCGAUGCUCUGGCUGUGUGUGGAACUAGCACAAUCCACCAUUGAUGGUCAACAGGAAGGGAGACCUUGUUGCUCGUCAACUCUUGCCGGAGUCCCUCCGAAAUCCUGUGGCAAAUGUGGUGGUGGGAAGUGCUGUAAGGACAAGCUAUGCCAUCAAUGCCGGGCACUGCCAACGUGUCCAGAAGGGCAGGAACUGAGAUGUUCAGGCACUAUUGACUUCAGAUAUUUCUGCAGCCCAUGCCCUAAUGGAACUUUCUCUGAUGCCAAAGGCAGCUGUUGCAGACCUUGGGCAAACUGCAAGACUUUGGGGCUUCCAGUUCGACGACCAGGGAACACAACUCAUAACGUGGAAUGUGGCGACACGAGACCCGUCACCGUAGUUAUGCAAACUGAUUCCACCGUGACAACUAUCUUGACCAUUGUGACAGCAACGGGCCUCUCUCUUCUCAUCCUGCUGACGUUCUUUUUAAUCAUCUGCGUAUGGACACAGAAGAAGAAACUGCCCCUGGUGGAAGAGCCUGAAUCCGUCCACCCUUCAAACUUCCUAGGAUCUCACCAUGAAGACACCUGCAGUUGCCAGUUCCCAGAGGAAGAGCAUGGGGAGAACAUGGACAAAUGGAAGGCCUCACAGAUCUCUUUGGCCCACUGAAAGAACUUGGGGCGGAUCCACAAGCACGUGCAAAACUUGCCCCGCAAUAUCUAGGCGGCUGAACUAUAUGAACGGCAGCUAUUAUCUUUGUUGUGGCAUGAUGGGGCUUUGGCCGCCUGAGCUGUUUCCCUCUAGGUUGGCUCCUUCACUGCUACUAGCUGUCUCUAGGUCAGAUCACCUGCUCUACAUCCUAUGACUAUGAGAGCUUUCCUUGCUGGCUAGGGAAAUCAGGUUACGAGGAAAGAUCUCCUGGAGAUGGAAAUUUCAACCCUGCUUUCCCUAUUCACCCACCCCCAGUUGCAACUGCUGGAACAAGCCACCCACCUCGCUUUCCUAGGCAGGGUUUGGAAGAUGGAGAAUGCAGGAGACAUCCUCAUGGGUAGGGCAGCUGACGUCCAAUUUUUUUUUACAAAAACACUGGUCCUAUGAGUACUCCAUGGAUAUGGAGCCAGGGAAGGCGGGGCCAGAGGGCAGGGCGGAGUCUGGCGGAAUCUGGCGUACAUUGGAGGUGGAGCCAGAAUGUGAUUGGGAGGGUUGUGGGCGGAGCCUUGCAGAAUCUGACUUCCCAGACUUCCAUUUCUGGUUCUCUGAGAGAGGAGGGUCAUCUCCAACUACCGUUCACUGGGAGCAGGCUAACUGAACUGAAUGGACCUGAGCCAGCCUUGCCCAUUAACUUCAAGGGGUCUACUCUGAGCACGAUUAGCUCAGCCCAGAAUGCCAUUUCACUGGUCAGAUCAGCAAUCAAACAGCCAGUUAGCAACCCUGUCUAUGUAUAUUGGUGGGGGUGGCAAGACAUAGCCUGGGCACAGGCAUAUGAUUUGCGGUAGAUAGAAUGACGUACCCUUCAUGCCUAGGACAGCCUUCCCUUGGUUGGCACCCUCCUGAUGUUGUGGGCAACGUCUCCCAUUGUCCCUGACCAUUGGGUGAUGCAAGCUGUAGUCUAAAUCAUUUGGGGUGCCCUGUCUUGGAGACACCUGCUCUAAGAGCCUCUCCCUGUUUGGUAAGCAAGACUCAGUUUAGAACCUGCAAAAUGGCAGUCUUAACAGGAUUCCCCUGAGCUGCUUCCCACCCUCUGGCAACAUGUGUAUCUCCAACUUCAGGCUGCCCGGAGGCUUUUCUGCUUAUCUCACCACCCCCAUAAUGACGUCCCUCUGUUCAGGCACUGUUCUGGAGGCCGUUGCCGUGAGCUUUCCUUGUUUCGAGAAACCUGCUUUGGGAAACCUGAAGGCGUUUUUUCUUCUUCUUUUACUCCGCUGCUUCUUCCACUGUUUCAAAGGGUGCGAUUCUGACGCAAGGGAAGAAAGUUUGCUUUCAUGCAAAAGCAGCGGUGCCACCCCCAUCUCUUAACGAGAAUUGCCUUUUCUUUUUUUUAAUUUUUAGAAAAGGAAGGGGGGGGCAACCCCAGAGCCUUGAGCUGCGCUUCCUUUGUGAAACUGACACUUCUCCGUUAAAACAAUAAAGCUUCAGCUUCA